AUGGCACCGCUUGGCGACAACGGUGAAAUUGCUGAGGGAUCUAGUGAUACAUCUGGUAACGAAAAAUCGGUGUCAAAAAACAUUGCUCCCAGCAAAGGUGGAAUUUUGCCGGUCAACUCAUCAAAAAAGCAUGCGGCGACCGAAUUGUACGUAGACAACGAAGUUGAAACAGGAAAGGAAACUAGCAUACCCUGGAAACUUACCAAGAUGGUUACAAAUAAUAUGCAGGUGGAAUCGAUUCCAAGGCACGAGAAGGAUUCAAAUAAAACUUCCAACUUAGGAGUUGGUGCCGAAAUAGCGAACAAGAAAAAUCUUAGUGACAAUCUAACUUCGACUAGUCAGAACACUAGAACAUUUGGUAGUGGUUACAUAUCGGCAACCACCAAAAUAUCUGGUAGUUUGAUUUCAAGCAUGUCUCAAUUACAGAACAAAAUUUCAAAUUACAUGUCUUCGCUAAAUAAAACGGAAAUUUGGCUCUCUGCAACUUCAAUUUUCGAUGAUACUUUAUAUAAUAAAGAUAAAAAUGAUAGAGAAAGUGACACUGAAGAUGGAAUGUCUUUUGAAAUGGGAGCGAAAUCCUUGCUACAAGAGAAAGAAGUAUUUAAUGGAGAAGAAAAUGAAAUUACUCGAUACUCGGUUAGAGCAAAGAAUAGAUCGGAAGCAACAAUGGAAAGAAUGAGGA